GACUUUUUGAUCCCUAUGAUUGUACUCCAUUUAAAAGAGCCUUUAAUCAGGGUUUUUGCAUUUAACAUCCUUUCAUCUUUACACGCCACUUUAUGCCAAUUUUGGAAACACUGCCUGAAUAAAAGUGCAAAUAACCAGUAUUUUAGCCUUUAUAAAAUCUAUUUUCUUGUUCUAUUAGCAUAUUAUAGUUUUAAAUUUUUUUUUAUAGGUGAAAUACAUCCACUUCAACUGCCAUCACAUUUAUCAAUUAAUGAUGAGUCUGAGUAUCGUGAAGGGAUAGUUUUGAACAAGCCAGUUAAACAAGGCAAAGGAUCAUACAUAAAUAUAGGUUUGCAAAAGCCAGCUGUAAUAGACAAAAUUUUGAAGGAAAAUGUUCGAGUCACAGUCAAACUAGAUAAAGAACAGUUUUCAAAGAAGCAUUUUAAAGGUAAAGCCGUUUCUCCUACUGCACCUCUUAAGAAUGACAACAUUUACUGGGGCUACAGCGUACGACUUGCGAAAAGUUUCAAUGCAAUAUUUUCAGAAAGUCCGUAUGCAGAAGGAUAUGAUGUCACUGUUGGAACUUCAGAUAAAGGUCGAAAUGUAGAUCAUGUAAAAAUUCCCAAAUUUAAUCACUUGCUAAUUGUAUUUGGAGGUUUGAAGGGUAUUGAAGCAUGUCUUGAAGAUGAGGCUGUGGAAGUCGAUGAUCCUAAAGAGUUGUUUGAUUAUUACCUCAAUGUGUGUCCCAUUCAAGGAACAAAAACAAUCAGAACUGAAGAGGCUAUUUUAGCAACUUUGGCUACCUUAAGACCUAGAAUUUAUGAAUUACAAGGCAUUCUGAAUGAUACUUAGCAUCAAGAUCUUAGUUGUACAAGCUCAUUUAGAUGUGAAUGAAAUUCAAUGUAAAUAUUUAUCAUAAAUAUGACGUAUCAUAUUAAUGUACAAAUAUGAAUAAUUUCACUAUGUGUUAAUAAAUUCAAUAUUUGUUCUGGUUUUAAUUA